CGGAGCGGAACGCACUCGAAUCUAACGGCUGCUGGUUCCACAGCUCGCGGAGUGGAAGCUGGGACCGGGGGUAAAUUAUCCAGAAUCGACCCCAGGAACCUGCGGUGUCGCAGCUGUUUGCAGUGGGGGACGGUUCCGUGGUGGGACCAGUUACUUCCGUUACUUGUGGAGAGGAGGCGGAAUCCAACAAUGGCUUGGAGAUCACCAGUUCUUUUUGGUACUGGAGAUCGAAUGGUAGAAAUGGAGGAUUCAGAGGAUGACAAUCUUGCUACAUCUGAUUCAUCGGCUGUAGAUGCUGAAUUUGAUACGGUCAUUGGGCACAUAGAAGAUAUUGUUAUGGAUGAAGAAUUUCAACAGUUACAGAGAAACUUUAUGGAUAAAUACUAUUUAGAAUUUGAGAAUACUGAAGAAAACAAACUUAUUUACACUUCAAUUUUCCAAGAAUAUAUUGACUUGUUAGAGAAGUACAUUGAGCAACAGUUAAUAGAAAGGAGACCAGCGUUCAAUAUGACUACAUUCAUAACAUCACUACAGCAGCAUAAAGAUGAGAUAUCUGGAGAUAUAUUUGAUAUGUUACUGACUUUCACAGAUUUCCUGGCCUUCAAAGAAAUGUUUCUUGAUUACAGGAUGGAAAAGGAAGGACGUGGCCUUGACUUUAGUGGCGAUCUUGUAGUGACUUCAUUAUCAAAAUCAUCUCCAUUGCCUCAGUCUUCACAUAACAUUCAACCUUUCUAACAGUUUUAUUGUAUGUUCCUGGAGUUCUGCAUUUGCUCCUGUGUACUUGCAUAUACCAAGCACAAUGAUACAGACAUUUUGACAUGUUACAGUAUUUUGUAAGGAGGGUUAUACAAGUAUACUUUAAAACCACCAUAAAAGGCAUCGGGUCUAGUAUUUUUGUUUUUCAGAUACUACUUAGCAAGAAUUCAAAGCAAGAAUUUUGUCAUCUUUAACAGCAUUUUUAAAUGUAGGACAGGGUCCUCCUAAUGCUAUUUUCAGGUAUGCAAGCUAUAAUGAGCAUUCGCCUUACAAAGAUUCCAGCAAUACCUGAAGAUAGAGCUUAGGGGACCACUAUAUGCCUUGAGACCCAUCUGCCAUAUGUGUUUCUCCAGAACUCCUGGCAGAUUGUAAUUAGAGGCACAGUCCACAUGUCAUUUUGCCCUGCAGGCUUGUAUAUAGUUUCCAAAAUCAGAAACACUAAUAGCUUUUGUUUUUGGCCACCAUUGGUACAGUUCAGACACCUUCAACUUAAAGUAAUUCUCAAUGUGGAAAAUGGAAUGCUUUUAUUUAAAAAUACAAAAACCUACAUCCAUGACUGUCUUUGUCUUUUUCCAUUAAUUUCAGUACAUGCAGAACUGACAUUGGUAACUUAAGUACUUUAACUCUUCAAACAUUAAAACAUGUUCUUGAGUUAGGCCAUUCCCAUAUGCUGGUAUUUGGGUCAGAGAUGCUACUUUGGCCUCUAUUAAUACAUGGGGACUUGUAAAUAUAGGUGAGAUUGAAUCAGGAUUUUAUAUCUUCUCUGUUUAUGACUUCAAUUUGUGUUUUGGUUUGUUGCUGUUAUCAUAGAACGAUCAUAUUUCUUGAACAAAAGUGAGAAUUCCACAGGGUAAUGCAUUGGUGUAAUGCAGUUAGGUAAUGUCUGUGAUAAUGUUGUACCUGCCACCAACACUAUCUUAAGUAGAGGAUCCUGUAAAUUAUUUGACCCGGUUGUAAAACUAUUUUGUAAUAUACGUUUAAAUAAUCUAGGUUUUUUUUUUAUUACUUAAACCCUAUUCAUUUCACUAGCUGGUUGGCCAAAACUAGAGACGUUGAAUUUACAUCCAUAAACUCGACUAAAUAGUCAACAUCUAUGGCACUGCUACAUUGAACAGUGAAGUGUAAGAACAAGGAUCUUGUUGAAAGAAUGCAGAGUGUUAUGGCUUUCCUAAUGUGUACAAAAGUAAAUUUGUCAAUUUAGCUCUUGUUUCACUGUGGGUUAUGAAGUCAUGCUUACUUUAUUUUUCAUUUGUACAUAUUUUUUAUUCCUAUGUAUUUUAAAUAAAAGAUUGCUGAAAUGCA